UACGGAAAAUGAGUUAUUAGAAAAUGAAUUCUAAAAUAAACAAGUUCAUCUACUUUUUUUUAGAAUAAACAAUCUAAAAAUGAUUAAAAUUCUAAAUAUGGGGAAUGCGAAUUCUACUAAUUGUAGAGAUCGCUGCUUUUCUUUUGAAUGCAGUCUCACUUUUAUGAAGUAUUCUAAAAUUUCGAGUAUGCGAAAUCUAAACUUAACACGAACGUCUACAAAAAGUAGAAACUGUAUUCAGAAUUUUUGUCAUGGUUCUACACAGUUUAGAAGGUGUCUUCUACGGAUAAAAUAUCAAUUUUUCCGAAAAUUAAGGAAGUUUCAAUUAAGAAAAUAUUCUAAUUUCCUAGAACGUGUCCUGUGUGAUUUUCUUUGUCAAAAUAUAAAAAAAACGAUUUUGGCUUUUCUUCUUCAUCAAUUUAUGAUUUUUUUAUAGUUAUUUAUAUUCCAUUGAGUUCAUAUUAGUUUACCAGUUAUAGCCAUAAUCUUUAGUUAAUGUUUCUGAUCUUGAUUUAUUUAACUUUUAACUUAUUCUCAAAAAUACAUUCACCUUAUAGGUACCAUUCACUUUAACCAGAAUUUAUUCACUUCAACAAACCAUUGAUUUUUUAAUAAUGAAACUGGUGGCCAUUUUUUUUUGAAUGAAGUUUAAAAGAUGUACUGAUUACAUUUUGGAAUAUAAUCGGCACCAAAGAGGAAUAAAUUUGUAUUAAUCAAAUUGAAAAAUAAUUAAAUAAACAAAACCAGCAUUUUAAGAAUAAAGUACAGAAAAACCUCGGCGCUACGUAUGGCAAGCAACUAUAAAUAAAGCUAAGCAAACAACCUUUUCACCAAGAAAGGACUCUCUCUCUUUUCAUCACUUCAAAAUCUUUUAUUCUUUAGAUAAGUUUUCUUAAAACAUACUAAAAACAUCAAAACAUGGUAGUUUUGUUACAGCCAGUCACAUUUAAUAGCGACGUCUAUGUUAACCCAAAAUGCAAACCAAGUCCGGUCCCAGUCCCGGUUAUAGACUUAACCGACGCAGAUGCCAAAACCCAAAUCGUGAAGGCUUGCGAGGAGUUGGGGUUCUUCAAAGUGGUCAACCACGGAGUACGACCCGAUCUUUUAACCCAGUUGGAGGAAGAGGCCAACAAGUUCUUUGCUAUGCCUCAGUAUCUCAAAGAAAAAGCGGGUCCACCCGACCCGUUUGGAUACGGUAGUAAACGGAUCGGACCCAGUGGUGACAUGGGCUGGUUAGAGUAUAUUCUCCUCAAUGCUAAUCAUCAUCUCUCGUCUACCAAAACCACUGCCGUUUUCCAGCAAACCCAUGCAACUUUCAGAGAGGCGGUGGAAGAGUACAUGGAUGAGAUGAAGCGAAUGGCUUGCAAUGUUCUGGAGAUGGUAGAAGAAGAGCUAAGUAUAGAGCCAAAGGAGAAGCUGAGCAAACUGGUGAAGGUGGAAGAGAGUGAUUCUUGUCUGAGGGUGAACCAUUACCCGGAGAAGGAAGAGACUCCGGCCAAGGAAGAGAUUGGGUUCGGUGAGCACACGGAUCCACAGUUAAUAUCGGUGCUCAGAUCAAACGACACUGAAGGUUUACAGAUUUGUUUGAAAGAUGGGAGUUGGGUCAAUUGUUGGAGAUACUCUUCAGGUAUUCUUUCUGUUGCAAUUUUUAGUUUGUUUAGUGCUAAAUAUUCUCUUUUGAUUUAUUUUAUCAUCAAAUUAUAACUGAUAGAAUUCAACAUAUUGAGAGUUUUUUUUUUUAAAUCUGAAAUUUAUAUCCAAGUCUAUACAAAUCUUUCAGCAUAUAAACUAAUAUGGAUACUUUACUAAGAAAAUAUCUAAACUAAAAUAUAUGCUAGUAUUUCAAAAAGCAAGAAAAUCCACCAUUUUCGGUUUAGAGUUAAGAUUUCCUAUUCAAAAUCUUGUUAAGAAGACAGUACAAUUUUUAAAACCAAUUUAAAUUGAAAAGUAUCAUGUGCAAAUUUAUGAUUGGAUAAUCUGUUUUAGGAUUCUCGGUUGACAAUUUUUGUAUAUAAAAAAAAUUCUAUAUAUAUGUAAACUACAUGUUUUGGACUUUAGACUUACAUAUGAUGUAUGAAAAACUACAUGUAUACCUUCUUCACGUGACAAAUUAUAUGAAACGAAUCAUGAAAGGAAACUAACGUUCCGUUUUUUCCUCAACUUUUGAAUAACAACAUAUUGUUGUUUUAGAAAGAAAUCACAAAUUUCAAUUUUUUGGCGGUUAUAUAAUAACAAUUGCAGGUGAUGACUAACGGAAGAUUCAAGAGUGUAAAACACAGAGUGCUGACGAAUACAAAGAGAUCAAGAUUAUCGAUGAUCUACUUCGCAGGUCCUCCGUUAACUGAGAAGAUUGCACCAAUGUCAUGCCUUGUCCUAAAGCAAGAGGAUCGGCUUUAUAAGGAGCUCACUUGGUCCCAAUACAAGUCACAUUGUUACAAAAGUAAGCUUGGUGAUUAUAGGCUUGGUGUCUUUGAGGAACAACUUCCAUUUUAUAUGUCCAAUGUUUGAGUUAUUUUUGUGUAAAUUUUAGUUUUACUUUAUUAUAGCUAAAUAAUAUCUUACAGUUUAUAUGUGUAAACAAGAGAAGCAAAACAAUAAAAUAAAUGAGAUUUUCUGAUUAUUCUAUUUUUUUUGUAUUUAGUCAUUAUCUCUUUCUAAUUUUGGUUUAUUUAUAAGAUAAUAAACAGUGAGUGUUCUUUUUUUUGGACAAAAAACAGUGAGUGUUCAUCUCUAACUUUUCUUGUAUAGUUUCAUAUAAACAUUCACUGAAAAGAGUGAUGAUUGUUUUCUUAUUUUCUUAUAUAACAUGAAAAUUCUGUUUUCUUACCGGAUAAACCUAUCUUAAAGGGUUUCUUUGUUUCUUCUAUUGAGGCCCAUCUACAUAACAUAAGCCUAAGUAGACAUCAUUUUGCGGGUCAAAAAGCAUUUAAUCUGGGCUUCAAAUCCUAAAUCUGAAACAAAGUCCAUUAUCGAAGCCGAACACUUCUGUUGUUAUUAUCUGGAUUUUAUUACGCUGUUGAUUUCAUCGUAUCCGUAUUUGUAUCGUUGUUUGGUGUGGUACUAAUUACUACUACCAAGCACGUCCUAAUAAGUGUGCCCUACGUCGGUCAGAUUCAUGUUUUAUUUUUUUUAAAGGACAACUUAUAUUUUGUGUGGGUGUUAAAAAACCACAGUGAAAAAAAAAGAAAAGAAUCUCUAAUAAUUUGGCAAAAUUAAUUAUUUAUUUAUUUCAUAAAUAAUAAUUACAGAUUUAUAUAUGUUGAAUAUAAUAUAAUUUAAGUAGUGUCCAACUGUGAAUCACGUGCUUGCUUGUUUGGUGAUGUAAUGGGUUUCUUCAACUCUCCACAUCGAUCGGACAAGAACAUAGAGAGAGAGAGAGAGAUAUUUGCUUCUUGUCCUCUCUUCUCUUCUCUCUUUUAGUUUCUUCUUCUCCUCCUGAGCCUUUGAGAUCCAUCAACGAUGGCGACCGAUGAGCCUUCUCUCACUCGCUGGAGCUUCCUGGAGUUUAAAACGUUUUAUGAUGCCAAGUUUGGGAGGAAGAAGCUGCCUGAAGAGCCCCAAGAAUCAAAGCCAGAAGAUGGAUCAUCCAGCAACAAGGAAGAAGAUGCUUCCCAAGUCGCCACCAAUCCAUCUCAGGAGGGUAACACUAGGUUGACCAAUGGGAUACGUGAGAAGCCG